UCGUUCGCGUCCUCAUCAUUUGCCGUUCCUCGAGCAUCUCCAACAUGGCAUCCGGGCCUUGGCUGCUAAUAUGAAGAGGAGGGCUAAGGCUUCAAGGCAAGCGCAUGAUCAGACGAGUCAGGAGUACCUCCGCCGGAUGGAGGCGCUGGGUGAAAUUCCGCCAGCAGGGGGUAAAGACGAAUGGUGGGCGGAGUGGGUUCUGUUGCAUUCAGAGUGGGCUAGUUGGCAGGCCCGUGAUGCGGAGUUGUGGGGCCUUAGCUCUAAGAUUAAGUGGGUACGGGACGCGGAGUGCAUGUCCAAGGCAUUCUUUGCCCAAAUGAAGAAAACGUCUCAUUCGCCGCUGAUUGUGGCGAUGGGGCAUCCUUUUGAUCCACUUGAGGAGAGAGCGGAAAAUACUACUGACAUCCUCCGGUACGUCGAGCUGUUUUAUGAUAAUCUAUACCGUGAAGAUGAGUACUGGCCACAGGAGGACGUGGCCGCUGUGCCGGCAAAGGAAGUGUGGGAUAAGUGUGCCACUCGGGUGACGCUGGAGCAUAUGGCUACUUUGGAUGCACCCAUUACUCAGGAGGAAGUAGCAGGGGCUCUGUCUGGGAUGCACAGGGGUAAGGCGCCGGGCCCGGAUGGUUUGCCGGCCGAAUAUUUGAUGGCUGCAAUGAAGCCCCUCCUUCCGUACUUAUGUGAGGCUUUCAACCGUUUGUACUCAGGGGAGGAGGCCCCCCCCGCCGCAUUUGGCCAGGCUACAAUUGUCCUCCUGUACAAGAAGGGGUGUAUUGAGGAGGUUAGGAACUGGCGGCCCAUCUCUCUUCUAUUGGUGCCGUCUAAAUUGUAUGCGAAGGUGUUGGCGAAUGAAGUUGCCGUUGUGUUGCCCGCCCUUAUACAUUCCACCAAGACUGGUUUUGUCCCUCGGAGACAGAUCCUUGUGAAUGUUCUCCUGGUUCGGCAGAUCAUGGAGAGGGCGCGAAACUCUCAGCACCCGUUGGCGAUUCUCAUUUUGGAUUUUGAAAAGGCCUAUUACAGAGUCAGGUGGCAGUUCCUUCUUCAAGUGACCUGGGCGACGCAUCAAAGUGUCUCGACUUUGCGUAAUGAAGUUACUCUCUUUGAGAAGUACGCGGGUGCACGGAUCAACUGGGGGAAGCCGGUGGCAGUGGUCCCGGCUGGGGUUGAUGUCGCGAUGUUUGAAGGGAUGAGGACUCAAUUGCCUGGAGACCAAUUUCUAUAUCUCGGCAUAUUGGUCCCGACGGCACUCUCCACAGGUCAGCGACUCGAGGAUCUGUUGCAUCAUGCAGUGGUGCGCAUGGUGGCAUGGGCUAAGCGAGCGUCGCAUGGGGUGUUUGGGAAGGUGCUCAUAGCCAAUAACGCGGUGUCGGCAACACUGUGGUAUGCAGGAGCGGUUUCGGACCCUCCGAAGAAAGCAUGGAAGGACUAUAAGCGGGCCCUGAGGAAACUUUUGUGGAAGGACGACCCCGAGGCUAUCAAGGUGCACCCGGCAGAUGUUGAGAUGACCCUCCUUCACCCCCAGCUUGUGCAUGGUCUUCGGAGGGGGGCGCAAUGGUCAAGUGCCUUAGAGAAAUGGCGUGAGGCACCUCUGCGUCAAACUGCUCCGCGGACAUGCGAUCAGAUCCUGGGGCAGAGUUUAUUCGGGAACCGUUUCAUAUUGCGGCUAGGCGUCCCUUUCCCGUGGCAAUGUUGUCCGGGCGCCUUUGGGAAACAGUGGUUGUCAUGUGGUGUGACUCGGGUUGGGGAUAUUUGGGAUGUGCAGGGAGGUACGUGGAAGGAAGAAGGCGAGGUUUUUCAGCGGCUGGAUCAUCAGCCGAAGAAGCAGGAAAGGCUGGAGGAAAUUAAGCAAGCAAUUCCGCAGGAUUGGAUUGAUUGCCUAGUGGCCAAGGACCGUAUGCAAGGGGAAUGGGUCACCCUAGAGGGUCAGGGCCGCCCGGUCAUCUUUUUCCAGCUCAAGGAGAGACUGGGGUCUCAGUGGUAUGCGGCGGAGGCUUGGGAGGAUGUCGGCCAGCAAAAGGUGCUGGGCGACGUUCUUGUCCGACGACCGGAACCGGACACGAGGCUCCAUGAGGAGAACAUAAGGUCAGUUGUGGUGUUGAGGGACCAGACGGUCUCUAAGGGGGGGGGGUUUCGUCCUUUCAAGCCGGCUUGUAGGCCGCUUCAAUUCUCUUGGGACCCGUCGGUUUGGGAGUGGGGGCCCAGGAACUCGCUAAUGAAGUGUUGCAGAAUCCAUCAGGUGACUACGAAGGUGAUUUACAGGUCCCUGCUGGUCCCGACGGACAUGGUCGAUGAAAUGCGGGAGGGAUGGAGGAAGAGGGGAUGGUUGGAUCAGAAGGCCUUGCUUGCUGGGAUGUGUCGACCUGGCGGAAAGCUUGCAGGGUGCUUGCCCCUCUUCCGGAUCAGAAGCACGCAGGGGGCUUGUGGCUCUGCCUCCAGCUGGGUCAGCCCACCUAUUUGUGGUUGGCGGAUAGGUGUUCGCACAAGGACAGGUCUUGCAGGUGUUGCCAUGAUGAGGUGGAGUCACUGCCCCAUAUAUGGUUGGAAUGUGUGCCGCAAGUGGCUUUUUGGGAAUGGUGGGGUUCCUUGGGGGAUGCGGUCCCCCUUUCUGGGGCCCGGACAAGGAGUGCACCAGUCCUGGUGGGGCUCCUCCUUUCGGGAGAUGUCACGGGGAUGGCUGAGGCUUACGCUGCUGAUACCGUUCGUGCGGCCUUUUGGGUGGCAGUGUGGGCCGUGCGAGCCAGGUUGUUGAGGGAUGGGGUGCCGCCUUCUUUUCCGACACUUCGGGCCUUGAUGGUGCGGAAUCUGAGGACGACGAUCGCUGCGGAUGUAUCUAGAAGACGGAAUGGCAGCUGGUCGUUCUUCGUUAAGGCUUGGAAGCCUUACCAUAG